AAUGUGCCACUUGAACCCAACAAAAUAAAAGUAUUAUUGGGCAAGAAACAAAAAACGGUUAAUCAAUUCUGGGUUUGAACUUUGAAGCACAGAAAGAAAUUCAGCUCCGCCACCGACCACCACCCCAGACCUCUUCAUCUUCCCUAAUCUCACAAGGGGCGUGAUGGUGAAGGCCUACAAACAAGAGCAUGUUUACCAGCAUCCAUGGGAGAGAGUGACAGCUGCAUCUUGGCGCAAAUUUGCUGAUCCAGAAAACACAAACACUCUCUCUCACAUCCUUGAAGUUGACACCUUGAACAGGAAGCUAGAACCCGAAUCCGGGAAGCUGUACACCACUAGGGCAAUCACGAUCCACGCUCCAGGACCAUGGUUUGUUCGAAAGAUGGUUGGUCAAGACAUCUGUCAUUGUGUCGAAUCUACAGUCGUUGAUGGUCAAACACGGUCAAUGCAACUUACUACUCGGAAUGUUAGUCUGCAAAAGUAUGUUGAAGUCGAGGAGAAAAUACGGUAUGAUCCACACCCGGAUAAUCCUUCUGCAUGGACUCUUUGCAGACAAGAGACUAGCAUCAGGAUCAAGCCUUUGUCAGCCCUUGCUUCGAUGGCGGAGAAGGUGGAACAACGAUGUGUUGAUAAGUUCUUGCAGAACAGUGCCAAAGGCAGAGAGGUUAUGGAGAGAAUCUGUAAGUAUCUUGAAGCUGAAUCUAGUGGAAUUUCCAUCUGAUUUUAUGCUGUUGAAUCUCUUUUGAUUUGAUUUAAACUUUUUGCUAGAACAAGGUUCUGAAUUACAACAGACCCUUUUUAAGAGGAAAUAGAGAUAGAAUGUAUGAAACUAUGAAUAAUGUAUGAGCAUGAGCUUAGAAACUUGUAGUUUCCUUGAACUUGCCGCAAAUUUUGAAACCAAUAUACUUUUCCCAGUUAAUCUAACA